AUGAUCAGUUAUAAAAUUUCGAAGGUGGAUAUUGACUCAGGCUCAGGUGAAGAUCCUCAUAAGCAUUUAAAGGAAUUCCAUGUGGUGUGCACAAGUAUGAAACCCACGAGGGUAAUUGAAGAACAAAUCAAAUUGAGAGCUUUUCCAUUUUCCCUGAAGGACUCAGCUAAGGACGGGCUCUACUAUCUACCAUCUGGAAGUGUCACAACAUGGGAGGAAAUGAAGAGGUUGUUUUUGGAGAAAUAUUUCCUAGCUUCAAGGGUAGCAAAGAACCAAAAGGCUAUUUGUGGUGUAAUGCAAGACAGUAGAGAAUCCUUACAUGAAUACUGGGAGUGUUUCAAGCGACUAUGUGCAAGCUGUCCCCAUCAUCAAAUCAGCGAACAACUUCUCAUCCAGUAUUUCUAUGAAGGUCUUCUACCCACUGAUAGGAGCAUGAUUGACGCUGCAAGUGGAGGAGCUUUGGUGGAUAAAACUCUUGAGGGCGCGAGGAAUUUGAUUGCAAACAUGGCGGCCAAUUCUCAACAAUUCGGAACUAGACUCGAUACCCCCCCUAGACAUGUUAAUGAGGUAAAUGUUUCAUCUCCUGAAAAACAACUUGCGAGUCUAACUUCUCUUGCGAGUCAAAUGGCUGUAGGUAAUAUGCAAAUGACGAAGGCGCGCGGAAUUUGUUCGGUGAUGGGACAUCCAACUGACAUGUGCCCAAAUCUUCAAGAAGACCCCAAUGAACAAGUUAAUGCAAUGGGCGGCUUUCCUAGACAACUACAAAGGAAUUAUGAUCCUUACUCCAAUACCUACAACCGAGGAUGGAGGGAUCAUCCUAACUUUAGCUACGGGAGUCAACAAGUGAAUCAACUAAUGCCUCCAAAUCACCCAAACUUCUAG